AUGGAGGUCAAAGAUGAUGAUGAUAUACGUGCCCUUGUUGAUAGUAUUGCUGUUGUUGAAAGUACAAGUUAUCCUCAGCUAUAUGUGAAAACUAGAAAAUAUCGAGUUAAGGGUAGGAGAAGUGCAUUGUCUGAACCUCCAUUCGAACCAAGUCUCGGCACAAGUAUAUAUGAUGAGGCUGGUCCAUCACAUGAAGUUAUAGAGUAUUUUCCUAUAUUGAUCCAUUCAGAUGUCCCACUACCUGAGAGCAUUGACAUACCGAUAGCAACAAAUGACUGUCAGUCCAACCCUUCAGAAGAGGAAGAUAGUGAUGGGCUACUCGGUCAAGACGAUUGUGAGGAAGAGGCAAUGAUCGAAGUGCCUGAAGCAUUUCAGUUUACUAUAGGAGCCAACUACCCUGUUUCAGCGGAUUGGAUCGGAUCAGUGGGUAACACAGUUGGAAUGGUAGUUGGUACAGAAUUUGAUACAACAUUGGAGUUUCGAGAGAAGGAAGAUGUAAUUAAUGCAAUUAAACAGUAUUCCUUGAAUUGCAGUCAAGAAUAUGAAGUUGCUGAGUUAAGUUCACGUGUUUGGUCAGUCGUAUGUAGGAACACUAAAUAUGGGUGUAGUUGGCAGUUACGUGCAGCAAGGCUAAAGAAAUUUGGUGGAGAAUGGGGCACAACACGAUAUAAAGGAAAGCAUGAGAGGCUAAACAGAAGGCUAUUGCCAGAAUUUGGGGUGAUUGGGAUGAAUCAUACCAACGUCUACCACAUUUCUUUGCAGCUCUGUAAUAGACAAAUCCUGAAAGUGUUGUAUGGUGAGUAUUUGAUGAUCACACUCAUGUCAGGCAUCGUGCAAAUUGAAUUCAACAAAAAAAAUUUACGUCGACUAUUUUGGUCAUUCAAACCAGCUAUCGACAGUAUUGAGUUCACAAAGUCAAUGAUCCAAAUUGAUGGAACUUUCCUUUAUGGUAAGUAUAAACAUUCACUCCUAAUUGCAACAACCAUUGAUGGAGAUAACUCUGUGAUUCCACUAGUUUAUGCGCUGGUAGAGUCCGAGAAUGUGGACAGUUGGGGAUGGUUCAUGGCGCUCCUUCGAACAUAA